AUGGCAGCCAUAAUCUACUACGCACCAACAAUCUUCGCCCAGCUCGGCCUCGACGGAAACACCUCUUCUCUCCUUGCGACCGGUGUCUACGGCAUCGUUAACUGCCUCAGCACGCUGCUGGCUCUCUUCUUCAUCGACAAAGUUGGCCGUCGCGUCCUCCUGAUGGCCGGUGCAACCGGGACUUGUAUCUCGCUGGUUAUUGUAGGCGCGAUCGUGGGGGCGUAUGGUGCUAGCCUUGUAGACCACAAGGCUGCGGGGUGGGCGUGGAUCGCGUUUAUCUAUAUCUACAUUGUGAACUUUAACUAUUCGUUUGGUGACCCCCAUUGGAUCCAUGGAUGGGUUCUCCCGUCAGAGAUCUUCAACCUUUCGAUCCGAUCCAAGGCAAUCUCGAUCACGACGUCGGCGACUUGGAUGUGUAACUUCAUCAUUGGCCUGGUCACCCCGGACAUGCUCGAGACAAUCUCCUGGGGCACAUACAUCUUCUUCGCGGCGUUCUAUCUCCUUGCGCUUGGGUUUACAUUCUUCUUCAUUCCCGAGACUCGCGGGAAGACACUCGAAGACAUGGACCUUAUCUUUGGUGAUACAGCGGCAUAUGAGGAGAAGACGCGCAUUAAGCGUAUUGAGGCGGAGCUACACGGGAUACCUAUUGACGAUGGAAAUGAGGCCAUGAAGCCAGUGGAGGGGCAUGCAGAGGUUGUGGAUGCCGUUUGA